UCAAAAUUAAACUCAAAGAGACCCGCACAAGCUUACAUGCUUUUGCGCAUGUCGAAAACGAGACGUCAAUAACUUUGACAGGUAGUAAAAAAGAAUUACGGUACUAUUUUUUGUGUUGCAUGGAUCAUUGGUGAAUGUAGGUGUGUAUUUCAAAGCAAAAGUGUUGGGCUACUUGGUAUAGCGACGGCCAGGGUAUGGUGAAAUAGGCGAGAGGACAGGCGUUUUGUGUGAUUCGAAAGGAAUUAAUUUCUAACGGAUACAUGAAAGCUGUAAGUUUUACAGAUUGGAAUAGCCGGUCGUAAAUACAGUGGAGUGUUAAGAGAGAUGUGGCCUCUGGUCUAUAUCCCACCGGGAUUACUAUUUAUUCUCAGUAGUGUUGCUAGUCAAUUAUUUCCAAAUGAAGGACCUGUUUGUCCGGAAAGACCAGGAGAAGAUGAUUUACCUGGUUUUGAUUUUAUAUCUAAAUAUCAACUAGAUAAUGUAUUACGACAACCUGGUGUUAAAAAAGUUAGAGGUUCCAAUGAAUUUCAAGUAGCAUAUAAAAUAAGUAGAAGAGCAAAAUUAAGAAUAAAAACAGAUCAACUUUUUCCUAACGGUCUUCCAGAUCGUUUUUCAUUUGUCAGUACUUUUCGUAUGCAAGGAAGAACUAGGAGAGAACGAUGGAACUUAGUACAAAUUCUAGAUACGAGGGGACAACCACAAUUUGGUAUCCGUCUCGACGGUAAAAAAAAAUCUAUAGAAUUCUAUUAUAUAAAUUAUGAAGGAAGAAUAACAACUUUAGCAUUUCAGCAAAAUCUAAAAAGUUUAUUUAAUAAAGAUUGGCAUAAAAUACAUUUUAGUGUAGGAAGAGAAUAUGUAGAACUUUAUGUAGAUUGUCAACCUAUAGCCUCUAAACCUAAAAUACCAUGGCGUCCUAUAGAUGUUAAUGGUGAAAUGGUGCUAGGUACCAGAGAAUCAGAUGGUAGAACAGUUCCUUUUGAUCUUCAAUGGAUGGUGUUACAUUGUGAUCCUUCCAAACCAGAACGUGAAACUUGUGAUGAGUUACCUCCCCCUUCACCCGUAAUCAAGGUAUGA